AUGUUGCAAAAAUUGCACCCUCAAGAUCCAGAACAACGCACAGAGUUUGCUUACUGGUUUUUAGCAAGAAUAACUGUUGACAAUGCAUGGCCAUGGAACAUUUUGUGGUCAGACGAGGUGCAUUUCAUCCUAGACGGAGCAGUGAAUACUCAGAACUGUUGCAUAUGGAGUACUGUAAGACCUCAUAUGCAACAGACAGACGAAGGAGUCGUUCUCGAUCCAGAGAAAGAGACAGAGAUAGGGACAGAAGACGAGACAGACACAGAAGUCGAUCAAGAUCACUCUCACCUAGGGGACGUUCUCCUCGCAGACACAGAAGCAGUUUUUCUCUACUUAGACAGACGAAGGAGUCGUUCUCGAUCCAGAGAAAGAGACAGAGAUAGGGACAGAAGACGAGACAGACACAGAAGUCGAUCAAGAUCACUCUCACCUAGGGGACGUUCUCCUCGCAGACACAGAAGCAGGUCUCCCAGAAGAAGAUCAUGGUCUAGAUCACCGAGAAGAAAGAUGAGGUAUGUAUUUAAUGACAAUUUUUUAGAUAAAGAUUUAGAGGGUAAGACUGAAGAAGAACAAGAUAUGAUAAGAAUGAUGGGGUUUUCAAGUUUUGAUUCAACAAAAGGGAAACAUGUGAAAGGUAAUGGCAUUUACAGUGUUCACAUCAUCCACAAGAGAAAAUACAGACAAUACAUGAACAGAAAGGGAGGAUUCAACAGACCUCUGGAUUUUGUUGCUUGAAUUCAAAUUUUUCUGAAAGGAAUGAACUUUUUGUGUAAAAUGAUGAAGAAAAGACUAUUACUCUGACAACUUGUCAUAAGUUAAAUUUUAAAAAUAAGAACAAAACUGUAUAAGCUAUCAAGUUAGGAAUAUAAAUAUAGAAAUAUCCCACUUGAAGACGGAAUGGUAAGUUUCUCUAUUCCACACAGCAAUUUAUAAUGUGUACCGUAAUUAUCUAAAUAAAUUUGUUAUAUCACAGAAUGUGCAAAUCGUAAAGGAGCAGCAUUAAUUGUAGUCAAACUUUGUAUUCAUUUGUAUGUUUCAUUCUAAAGAAUAACGACAAUCUUUGUAAUGAGUGAAAUAGUAUAGAAAAAAUAUUUAUAUAUUGUUUCGGUUUCGGCAAAAUCCUGUCAUUACAAUAAAAAUCUAUCAAUUUCUGA